AUGGCGUAUGCGGCUGUAAAAUAUUGUGGUCGUGUCUUAUUGUUGAUCCUGUUGGUAAUUCAGCAUGGAGCUUUUGCGUACUUCCAGAUCACUGGGUUGGUGCAUUCUCUUCGGCUUUGGCAGGUCAUUGCUCGUGUGCUGUCUCUUCUGUAUUCCGCUAUCAUUCCAUCCUUCAUCGUGAUUUUUCUAUUAGAUGCGACACGGAACGAUAGAUAUAUUCUUUCCCGGUUAUUUUUUGGAUGGAGGUUGUACAUUGGCGUUGUUUUUGUGCCAAAUGUAAUCGGUACAUUUGGAAUUGCCUUUUAUUUUGAUGACGAUAAACUUCUAUCAGGUAUGAAAGGAUUAACGUUGACUGUAUGCGCAACACCUAUCCUGCUUCUGUUGCUGUUGAUCACCGCGGAUGAUUCAUUCAGCUCCAAAAAUCACAGUGAUCUUGUUCGGAAUUUAUCCAUCCUGAUGGUCUCUGAUCUCAUCGAUGGCAUUGAAAUGUUGGACAGUACUUUAGAAGGGAAUUCCUACGGAAUUCAUGGGAGCUUCCUGAUCUUAGGCGCCGUCAUGAUCAUAGUUUUGUCAUCAUUCCAAAUGGCUGAAUACAAAUUCGUUCGAGAGGAACUCAUGGAACAACCGCUCCAUACAACAACCGUUACCCGACACAUUUUUGUGAUAAUCUUGAACAUGGUAUUCCUGAUCGUUCGUGUGAAGGUUUUCAGGCCCAUCUUAAUCAUCUUCAAGAACUGUAUGGCCAUAAUAUUGUCUGUAAUACAAAUCUCCUAUCUGACACUUCACACCUGA